AUGGAACUUAAAGAAUUUAAAAAAUCAAUUAAAAGUGAUUUAUGUAAUAUUCAAAAUCAAAGUCCAUUUGCAAAGAAAAAGACAUUAGAUCGUUUAAAUCAAGCACUUGAAUCAUGCAAAGAUAAUUCAACAAAAUUAGAUUCAUUAAAUGAAAUUUUAUUUUCCAAUGAAAAUGAAAAUGGUACCACUUUGUAUGAUAGUGUACUCUUAAAUUUAUUAUCUGAUAGCUUAGAAAGGGCAAGAACUACUUCACUAACUUAUUUAUUAGAAAUAAAAUUAACAGAAAAUUUAAUAAAUAAAUUAAUUUAUCAAUUAGAAGUUUUAAUAAAUAAUGAACAAGUUGAAGAAUUAAGAUAUUUAAUUUGUAAAUUAAUUUUAAAGAUAAUUGAAAUUGGUAGUGUUAAUAGUAUUAGUAUGAAUACAGAAAAGAUAAUAAAAAUAAUUAAAGUUAGUUUAAGUGAUAAUUCACCAGAUCAAAAGGAGAUAUGCUCAAAGUUAAUUCAAAGAUUAUCUGAUAAAGUACCAAACAGAAUCAUUUAUUUCUCAUCGGAAUUGAUACACCAACUAAUUGGUAAUCUUGGUAAUAGACAACAAAGAGUCAGAAUGGAGUCAUUACAAGCCUUAUCAUCGCUAGCAUUAUCAGGUUCAAUUAAAAUCAUUAAUACUCUAGAACCAAUGGUAAUGGUUUUAGCAACUGAUAAUUCACCACAGAUUAGAAUACGUCUAUUACAAUCAAUUGAACAAUGGUGUACGAAAAUACCAACAACUCAACAAUACUUUGAAUUUUUAUUACCAGUUAUAAUUGAAUUAUCAAUUUCUGAUAUUAAACCAAUUCGUAAUCAAGCUAUAAUAACUUUAAAUUCAAUUUCUUCAAAUUAUUAUAAAGAAAGAGAAAAUGAAUUAAUUAAUAAUAAUAAUAAUAAUAAUAAUAAUGAUGGUGAUAAUGAAACUUUAAAAAAUUUUAAUAUCUCUCAAUCAAUAUUAAUUAAAAAACAAUUUGAAAAUAAAUUAAAUUAUUUUCGUUUAAUUGAUCAAGAUGAAGUAUCUGAAAAGAAAGAAGGAGAAUCUAUUAAUGAUGAUGAUAAUAAUAUAAUUAGUUUAAAGAGUAGACAAUUAAUAUUACAAUAUUCACAACAAAUAAUGAAAAGAUUUUAUAGAUGUUUUCAUGAACAAGAAUUGGAACAAAAUAUUAGAGAUUUCAAACAAACUUUCUUAUUGGCAUUCAUUGGUUACCUUGGUUCAUUACCUUCAAUUAGAUUCAUUGAUGCUAUCAUUGAAAUUAUAACAAUUAGAAAAGUUGAUCAUUUUGAUCAAAUUGAAAAGAAAAACAAUGAAAUCAUUUACAUUUUAGGUUUAUUAAUUGAUCAAUCAGUUUUUGUACCAAGAAUUAUUGAAAAAUUUAAAGAACAAUUAUCAGAUUCCUCUUCUUCUUCAAUUAUUGAUAUCCCAUUACUUCAAAUUCAAUUUUCAAUUUUAAAACAAUACUUUAUUGGUUUAUUAAAUAAUCCAGAUAAACAAAUUAAUUCUGAUUCAAUUACUUUAAUAAUUCAACAAUUUAAAUUAAUUUUAUUUAAAGAAAAUUCUUUUACACCAAUAAUUAUUGAUUUUUUAUUAACAAUUUCUAAAUUAAUAUUAAAAAAAACAAAUCCAAUUAUUAAUCAAGAUAAUAAUAAUAAUAAUAAUAAUAACAAUAAUACUAUAAAUGAAUUUUCAAAACUUUUAAUAUUAUUAGAUAUUAAUAAUGGAUUAACAACAACAGAUAAUCAAUCAUUUAAUCAAAUUUCAAAUUCAUUUACAAGUUUAGAUUAUCAAUUAUUAUUAGAAAAAACUGGUGAUUCAUUAAUUGAUGAAAUUGUAAACAAAGAUAAAAAUCAAUUAAUUAAACAAAAAUCUCAUUUAUUAAUUUCAAAUUAUCUUUGUUCUAAAUUAUCAAAUAUAAAAAAAGAUAAAAUUCAAAUAAUAAAUGAAAAAAUAAAAAAUGAAUAA